AUUGCAAUGUCAAUUCGCAGAUUGGGUAUCACAUGGAAUGUUGAGUUUGUAAUCUUGGAGGAAAUCUUUGCGAGUGAAGAUGGGAUUCAUUAUUUUGAAAAUUUUGAUAUAUCUGCUCGGGAUGAUAAACAAAAGGAUGAAUUGUUGAAAUUGGUGAAUGAAAAGUUGGAUGCGAUACGUAAUUAUGAGGUGAAUGAUUUGAUUGAAUAUCACAAAUCGUUGAAUCAAGAUCACAUAGAAUUUAAUUAUCUGAUUGAAAAAAUGGAUGGCUUGAUUCAUAAUGGAGUUGGGAUUGAUAUUCACUUAUUGAUAGGUGAACGGGAUAAAAUAAUCGAAUUAAUUGAUAAAUUUAUUAAAUGUUUGAGAUGUAGAAAGAUGUAUUACGGGUUGCAUGAAGAUCUUUACCCUGAGAAUGAGGAUUUUUGA